AUGUUCCUGGCUUCCAUGGGACGACUCAAGCACAAACGAACACGGAAUACCAUCGCUGCAGAGGAGACUCCGCGCUCGUCCUGCUCUUCCGAGGCUGACCCGACAGCAGCCCUUGUGGCAGACCCAGGGAUUCCCAAGACCACCGAAAAACACCAGACCAACAGUGUCAAAAAUAUCGAAAAUGAAGCCGUAGUCAAGGGCGUCUCGGCCCCUGUGCAGUACGCAGAGACCCGCGGUGCUGCUGCCGUGGGAAGAGCUUCAGAUUGGCCUGGCGACAACCCAGGCGUGAAGCACAUGAACAGCGGCAAAGCUGUGGGAGACCGUAAGGGCUUCCGCACGCCGGCAUGGUCACCUCCACGGCCGUUGUCACCUACUGCUAAGCGCAACGACCAAGACGCUGACUCCCAUCCCAGAAACCACGGUAUUUCCAACGGUGGUGACGACCUUUUGCCAGCGAAGGGCCCCACUGAAGGGAACCUUGGCGCAAGGGCAGCGUCCUCGGCCACUAGCGCCAAGUUUCCCACUGGGGAAGACGUUGCAGCGGAGACUCGACUCAUGCCCGUCGGGGCUCUCCACCGGGCCUUCAAGGGUCGUCGCUUGGCGGCGGUGCAGGCAUGGGACCCGCUUGCCGCAGCCGCCGUCCGUGCCGAAAGGGCGGAGAAGAUGCUUCGACGAGCCCUCCUGGGAAGAACUAGGGCCAACAGCGGAGAAACAAUGCCGGCCGCAGCUCCUGCUCGCCGUCGGCCGCGCAAAGCACCAGGGACUAAGGCAGCAGCGACAACUACAACAGAACACAAAGUUGGCGGGAUCGGCAGCGACCGGGGAGGUGGAGUAGGAGGAGCAAGAAAGUGCUCCUCUGCACGAAGAGUCGGUGGUCCGGCUGAACGGGCUGUUGGAAGGGGAGGGAGCUUGGGCGACAGCAAGAGCGAUGCCGAUUGGUGCGGUUCCCGUGGUUUGAGAAGGGACGCCAGAAGGGAGCCGUCAAGAACUGAACUCGCUCGGACUGUUGCUGCCGUUGAGAGGAUAGGAGGAAGCCGGAUUGUGCACGGUGCCGGGGCCCCUUCCAAGCCCGCGGUGGGAGGUACCCCCGCUGGCGCAAACGAUCUCAGCACCAGGAAACGUGAUGCCGUCGAGGGUGGGUCGUGCCCAUCACGCGGGUCAAUCAAGACUUCCAAGUCACGUUCGGCGAGCGGCUCCUCGAGAGAGACAAAUCCUAUGCACACGUGGGGCACUGCACGGACGUCUACGGCGACUAGCCGCUCUUCCCGCUGCCCUUCGUCACGACGCGGGUCCUCCGCGUGCAACAGUGGUCGCGGCACGUCGGUAUCGGGCGACGAACCGGUCGAGAUGAGGCGAGCACGGCUGCUGGCAGAGUUGGAAGUCCUUCGAAGGCGAAUGCACGACGCGGAAGGCUUGCUGCGGGAGGUCGACAGGUCGCGUCCAAAGCAAAGGCGAGACAGCCAAACUCUUGACGAAGAUUGCCUCGUGUGA